AUGAACCACAAUCAGAACAACGCCAGUGGAGCCCAGGGCGGGAACAAUGCCGCCCACUCCCAAGCCCAGUACCGUCAACAGAUGGCAGCUCAGCAACAAGCAGCAUUAGCAGCGGCACAGCAGAGACAGCAGUCGGGAGGAGCUCAGGGUCAACAGCAGCAGCAGCAGCAGAUGGCCCGCCCGCCCAAUCAGGCCGGCGGCAACCAAGGAGGAGGAGGGGGAGGGGGGACGGAUGGUAGUGGCCUUAAUCCGGCCUUCCUGCAGAUGAUGACGCAGAAUCCUCAGCAGCUGGCCAACUUUUUCAACUCGGCAAGAGCCAACAAUCAGCUCACAGAGGAGCAGAUUGCAGCUCUGCAACAAUAUGUCAGGAUGCAACAGCAGCAGCAGCAGCAACAACAACAACAGCAGCAGCAUCAGAUGGGUAUGAACAACCAGUCUCAACCUCGACCUCCCAUGAAUCAGCAACAAGGGAUGGCUCGACCGCCUCAGCCAGUGCCAAACCAGCAGAACCAGCAGAACCAGCAGCGGCAGCAACUCCAGCGCCAGCAACAAGCAGCUGCUGCUGCCGUCGCGGCUGCCAACGCUCAACCUAGACCGCCGAUGCAACACACCAAUUCCUUCGGCAACAAUGCCCAGUCACCUUCUGCUCCUCGGCCCAAUGGUGCCCAGACCUCUCUGACACCCGAGCAACAGAAUAUGAUCGGUCAGAUCUACAGAGCUGUUGAAGCGGUUGGCAAGAGGUGCAAGGAGCUUGAAGCCGCUGUACAAGCUGCACAGAAUCCCCAGGAGAAAGAGGCUCUCCAGAAGCAGCACAAGGAAGAACAGGUCAAGUACAGUACACUAGUGAAUAAGAUGAUGGCGUGCAAGGAACAGUUCCUCAAGCAGCAGCAGCAGCAGCAGCAGCAGCAGCAGAUGGCUGGCGGAUCAUCUUCCGGACCUUCCAGUGUCGCUUCGAAUCCAGCUCAACAGGCACAGCAGCAGCUUCAAGCAGGCGUUCGAGCACCUCCUGGCGCUCAGCAGCAGCAGCAGCAGCCACAACGUCCACAACAGCAGUCUUCGGCGAAAGCGAGCCCUGCCCCUGGCACGCCGGGUGGAGCAAGCGGAGGUGCCUCGACUCCUGGCGCUACAGCGGCUGCCGCUGCUCAGGCUCAACAGCAGCAGUCGGGCACCGUGGGAAGCUCAGGCAUCGCUCCCGGCUCUACGGCCUCCUCUAUGCUGGUCAAUCAGUCUCGACUGGAUCCCUCAAGUGCCUCGCCCGCAGCGGCUUCGGGAGGUGCGUCACAGGGCAUUCGUCCCAAUGCGACCCAGUCAAGCUCCAACACCUACAACUCGUCCUCGGCUGCUUCCUCGUCUGUUCCAGGGCAAGCUACCAUCUCGUCCAACCUCCCACCACAGACUCCUCAGCCUUUCCCGAAUGCUCAAGGACCGCGUCCGACUCUGUCGAUGGGUCUCGCCGGAGGGCCUGGCUCCGCCAUCACGUCCACUCCUGGCAUUCUUGCACAUCCACAGCACAAUGGUGGCCUUGGCAGCCUCUUUGCCCUGGGAGCAGCUGCGAGUGAAGCGUCCCGUACUGGCAGUAAUGCGCUCAAUGGCGCAGCAAAUGGAGCAGGAGGAAGCGGUGCCAACGGACCUACUCCUGGUGGUAAUGGAGCGGGAGGUAAUUCUUCUCUUCCUGCCAAUUCCUCGUCGAAUGCAAUGAUGACGGCUGCACUUGGAGAGAAGAAUGGACGGAUGUUGACCAAGAGGAAAAUUCAGGAAUUGGUGGGAGAGCUGGACAUGGAAGAGGUGCUCGAGGAGGAUGUGGAAGAUCUCCUCCUAGAACUAGCCGACGAGUUCAUCGAUUCCGUCACUCACUUUUCCUGUCGACUCGCCAAGCAUCGUAAAGGAGACAAGCUUGAAGCACGCGAUGUCCAGCUGCACCUGGAGCGUGCUUGGAACAUCCGGAUCCCUAAUAACUCGAUGCCGAUUCCGCCUGUGAGGGUGAGGGGCGCAGGAGGUGGAGGAUCGGGGGGAGCGGCUGGUGGUGGUGGAGCGGGAGGAGGAGUGGCUGGGAAGGGUGUUUAG